AAAGAUGCCCCAGGGCUGGAGACCACCCUGGGGGGACACGUUUGGGGUGAGGCAUACUCAUCUUGCUGGGGCUAUGCAUGAACAAAAUCAAUUCAUUUUUUGUUGAAAGUUCAAACCCAUCAAGAUCAUGCUGCUCUUACUUAUUCUGUUGCCAGUGGUUUUUAAAUUUAGUUUUGUUAGUCUCUCAGCAUUGCAGCACUGGAACUGCCCUGAUGGUCUGCCCGUGAGAAGUGGGAGUUCUGCUUGUGUGGGUCCUGCGCCCUUCUUAAUUUUCUCCCAUGGGAGUAGUAUUUUUAGAAUUGACCUGGAAGGAACGAAUCAUGAGCAAUUGGUGGCGGACGCUGGUGUCUCAGUGAUCAUGGAUUUUCAUUACAGUGAGGAAAGAGUCUAUUGGGUGGACUUAGAGAGACAACUUUUGCAAAGAGUUUUUCUGAAUGGGUCAAGGCAAGAGACAGUGUGCAAUAUAGAGAAGAAUGUUUCUGGAAUGGCGAUAAACUGGAUAAAUGAAGAAGUUAUUUGGGCAAAUCAACAGGAAGGAAUCAUUACAGUAACAGAUAUGAACGGAAACAAUUCCCAUGUUCUUUUAAGUGCCUUAAAAUAUCCUGCAAAUAUAGCAGUUGAUCCAGUAGAAAGGUUUAUAUUUUGGUCUUCAGAAGUGGCCGGAAGCCUUCACAGGGCAGAUCUCAAUGGUGUGGAAGUGAAGACUUUGUUGGAGACAUCAGAGAAAAUAACAGCUGUGUCACUGUAUGUGCUUGAUAAACGGCUCUUUUGGGUUCAGUACAGUACAGAAGGAAGUCAUUCUCAUAUUUGUUCCUGUGAUUAUAAUGGGGGUUUUGUCCGUCUUAGCAAGCAGCUAACACAGCACAAUUUGUUUGCAAUGUCCCUUUUUGGUGACCGUAUCUUCUAUUCAACAUGGAAAAAGAACACAAUUUGGAUAGCCAACAAACUCACUGGGAAGGAUAUGGUUAGAAUUAGCCUCGAUCCAUCAUUUGCACCACCUGGUGAGCUCACUGUGGUACAUCCGCUUGUACAGCCCAAGGCAGAGGACAAUGCUCAGGAGACUGAGCAGAAACUUUGCAACCUAAGGAAAGGAAACUGCAGUGGCAGCGUGUGUGGGCGAGACCCCAGGUCCCAUCUGUGCACAUGUGCUGAGGGAUAUACUUUGAGCCUGGAUGGGAAGUUCUGUGAAGAUGUCAAUGAAUGUGCCUUUUGGAAUCAUGGCUGUACUCUUGGGUGUGAAAACACCCCUGGAUCCUACUAUUGUACAUGCCCUGCAGGAUUUGUUCUGCUUCCUGAUGGGAAACGAUGUCAUCAAUUAAUUUCCUGUCCAAGCAAUGUAUCUGAAUGCAGCCAUGACUGUGUUCUGACAUCGGAUGGUCCCAUAUGUUUCUGUCCUGAAGGCUCAGUGCUUGAGACAGAUGGAAAAACAUGUAGUGGCUGCUCGUCACCUGACAAUGGUGGAUGUAGCCAGCUCUGCACUCCUCUCAGCCCAGUAUCCUGGGAAUGCGGUUGCUCUCCUGGGUAUGACUUACAACUGGACAAGAAAAGCUGUGCAGCUUCAGGACCACCACCAUUUUUGCUGUUUGCUGAUUCUAAAGAUAUUCGACACAUGCGUUUUGAUGGAACAGAUUAUGGAAUCCUGCUCGGCCAGCAGAUAGGAACGGUUUUUGCUCUAGAUCAUGACCCUGUGGAAAAUAAGAUCUACUUUGCCCAUACAGCCCUGAAGUGGAUAGAGAGAGCUAAUAUGGAUGGGUCCCAGCGAGAAAGGCUUAUUGAGGAAGGAGUAGAUGUUCCAGAAGGUCUUGCUGUGGACUGGAUUGGCCGUAGACUCUACUGGACAGACAAAGGGAAAUCUGUCAUUGAAGGGAGUGAUUUACAUGGAAAAUAUCGCAAAAUAAUCAUUAAGGAGAACAUCUCUCAACCACGAGGAAUUGCUGUUCAUCCAGUGGCCAAGAGAUUAUUCUGGACUGAUACGGGGAUUAAUCCACGAAUUGAAAGUUCUUCCCUUCAAGGCUUUGGCCGACUGAUUAUAGCCAGCUCUGAUCUGAUUGAGCCCAGUGGAAUAACGAUUGAUUAUUUAACUGACAAGUUGUAUUGGUGUGAUGUCCAGCAGUCUGUGAUUGAAAUGGCCAAUCUGGAUGGUUCAAAACGCCAAAGACUUGCCCAGAACCAUGUAGGUCACCCAUUUGCAGUAGCUGUGUUUGAGGAUCACGUGUGGUUCUCGGAUUGGGCUACGCCAGCGGUAAUAAGGGUGAACAAGAGGACUGGCAAAAAUAGGGUACGUCUCCAAGGCAGCAUGCUGAAGCCCUCAUCACUGGUUGUGGUUCAUCCGUUGGCAAAACCAGGAGCAAAUCCCUGCCUAUAUCAAAAUGGAGGCUGUGAACAUAUUUGCAAAGAGAGGUUUGGCACUGCUUCGUGUUCUUGUCGUGAAGGUUUUAUAAAAGCCCCAGAUGGGAAAAUGUGUCUGGCUCUGAAUGGUCAUCAGAUACCGGCAGGUAAUGAAGCUGAUCUAAGUAACCAAGUAACACCGUGGGACACCUUAUCCAAGACCGGAGCGUCAGAAGAUAACACCACAGAAUCUCAACACAUGCUAGUGGCUGAAAUCAUGGUGUCAGAACAAGAUGACUGUGGUCCCGUGGGAUGCAGCACGCAUGCUCAGUGUGUUCCCGAGGGGGAGGAUGCCACCUGUCAGUGUUUGGAAGGAUUUGCUGGGGAUGGAAAUCUAUGUUCUGAUAUAGAUGAAUGUGAGAUGGGUAUCCCAGUGUGCCCUCCCACCUCCUCCAAGUGCAUUAAUACUGAAGGAGGCUACGUCUGCCAGUGCUCAGAAGGCUUUCAGGGAGAUGGGAUUCACUGCCUUGACAUCGAUGAGUGCCACCUGGGGCUGCACAGCUGCGGAGAGAAUGCCAACUGCACAAACACGGAGGGAGGCUACACCUGCACGUGUGCCGGCAGCCUGUCUGAACCCGGACCGAUUUGCCCUUUAGACUCUACUCCACCCUCUCUCCUUGGGGAAGAUGGUCGCUAUCCUGUCAGAAAUAGUUACCCGGAGUGUCCCCCAUCACAUGACGGGUACUGCCUCCACGACGGUGUGUGCAUGUACAUCGAAGCGGUAGACAACUACGCGUGCAACUGUGUUGUUGGCUAUGUCGGGGAACGAUGUCAGCACCGAGACUUGAAGUGGUGGGAGCUGCGCCAUGCCGGCCGUGGGUGGCAGACGAACGUCACCGUGGUGGCCAUCUGCGUGGUUGUGCUUGUCCUGCUGCUCCUCAUGGGGCUAUGGGGGGCUCACCACUACAGGACUCAGAAGCUGCCAUCAAAACAUCCGAAGAAUCCUUAUGAAGAGUCGAUCAGAGACAGUAGCAGUAGCAGGCCUGCUGACAGUGAGGCUGGGAUGUCCUCUUGCCCCCACCCUUGGUUUGUGCUUAUAAAGGAACACCAGGACCUCAGAAAUGGGAGUCCACCUGUGGCUGGCAAGGAUGGCCAGGCAGCAGAUGGGUCAAUGGAGCCGUGGAGGACAGAGCCCCAGAUGUGUGGAAUGGGCACAGAGCGAAGCUGCUGGAUGCCCCCAUCCACUGAUGAGGGCUCUGUUCCCCAGGUAAUGGACCGAAGCUUUCAUCUACCCUCCUGUGGCACCCAGCCCCUUGUAGGAGUUGAGAAGUCCCAUGCUCUCCUGUCACCUAACUCAUUAUGUCAACAAAGGGCCCCGGAUCCACCAUGCUCAAUGGAGCCAACUCAGUGAAAACUGGAAUUAAGAGGAAGGCCAAGAACAAACCAUGUCAAUGGACAGUAUAUUUCCUUUCAAGAGUAGAGAAAAACUACAGAUUUUGGUUCCACAGUCUCUGCAGCUAAUCACCUAAUCAGUGUCCUGGGCACAGAUAUGUAGUUGUGCUUUUUUUCUUUCUUUGAACAGUCCCAUUGUAGAUUUUCAAAUAAAAGGAACUGGGAGAAUCACUACAUAACUCAUUAGAAACCAGAAUUGGGGCAGUUGUGCUUUAUAAACCAUCUUGUCUUCAGUAGUCAAUACAGAUAGUUUUUCCCCCUGCAGCCCCAGAAGAAAUCUGGGGUCAAAGCCAGCAGUCACACUGGUUUGGUCAGCUGCAAAGUAAUUACUUGGGUCUGGACAGACCAGUUAGCCCAAUCCCAUGAAAUGGUUGGAAAAUUACAAUUACUGUUAAGAUACAUUGUAGGCAUUUUAGUUAUCAUUGGUGUGAUCCACGCUGGUAAAUUUGCAGGAUGGAUUGUGAUAAGUUAAUGGAAAGUGUAGUAACUUAGAACCUGAUUUCUUCAGGAUUAGAUGCCUUAUUUUUUCUAUUUUAAAAGUCUUUGAAUGAAAACAUUUAAUUUUUAAAACACUAUCCAAGAGACUUCAGUGUUUCUCAGUCACUACUGUCCUUUUCUUUCUCAGUCAUUAGUCCUUACAGAAUUUUUUUCCAACAAAAAUGGUAAAUUCCCCCUUUGUGUGUUUGCACAGAAUUUUUACAUAUUUUCAAAUAU